UCUAGAGACAGCUGAAAAGUUCCCAGAGAAUUAAACACACCAUAGUCAAUUAACCAUCAAGUGGGCUGCGCUGGAUCAACACCCCCAAAUACAAAGUUGGAGCAGGAACAGGAGCAGGACAAUAAUGGAAGCCUCCCCAUCCAGAUGCCUGUUUCUAUUGUUUCUUUUCACAUGCUGGCUAUUCCUGGAAGUUGCAGCAGAAGUUCAGGGAUCCUCAGAUGGUGACUCCCAAGAACCAGUGAGGCUCACAGAUGUCCCGGCUGCCAUGGAAUUCCUUGCUGCUGCUGAGGUGGCCGUCAUAGGCUUCUUCCAGGAUUUAGAAAUACCAGUGGUGUCCUUAUUCCGUAGCAUGGUGCAAAAAUUCCAAGAUGUGUCAUUUGGAAUCAGUACUGCUUCUGAGAUUCUGGCCCACUAUAACAUCACUGGGAACACCAUCUCUCUCUUUCGUCUGGUGGAUAAUGAACGACUGAAUGUGGAGAGUGAAGACAUUGAAAGUAUUGAUGAUGACAAAUUAAGCCGUUUCAUUGCGAUCAACAGCCUUCACUGGGUGACAGAGUACAACCAUGUGACUGCAAUUGGUAUAUUUAAUAGCAUAGUUCAGAUUCAUCUACUACUCAUAAUGAACAAGGCCUCCUCACAGUACGAAGAAAGCAUACAAAAAUACCAGAAGGCAGCUCAGCUCUUCCAGGGAAAGAUUCUUUUUGUGUUGGUAGACAGUAGUGUGAAGGAACAUGGGAAGGUGAUAUCAUAUUUCAAACUAAAGGACUCUCAACUACCUGCUUUGGCAAUGUAUCGUACUGUUGAUGAGGAGUGGGAUACACUGCCUAUUGAAGAAGUCUCAGUCGAACAGGUGCAAAACUUUUGUGAUGGAUUCCUGGCAGGAAAAUUGUUGAGAGAAAAUCGUGAUGCAAAAGAAAAGACUCCAAAGGUGGAACUCUGAUUUUCCCUAUGAUUUCUGUCUACUAACCAUUAUCUACAAU